AUGAGCUCGCAGGGAUUUUCUUUCCCACCUCCGCCGCCUCCGCCGCCAGUAACUAACCAGGCGCCGGCUCACUCGACUCAACAUGGGCAGAACUGGGGUGGACGCGGUGGACAUGGCGGAGGUCAGAGGGGACGUGGAAGAGGACAGGGCAACCGAGCUAGAGGAGGAAAUCAUGCAGAAAGUGGACGACCGCCAUCAUAUCUUCCCCCUGCAGGUUUCAACUACGCGCAACCAAUGUAUGGCGGAUACCCUCAGCCUCUUCCCACUGCACCUUAUAUGCCUCCCCAACCCUACCAUCAUGGACAAACGCCGGCCUUUCAGAAUUCUCAAAAUCCAACUUCGUUCCCAUCUCAACAAUAUCCCCAGUCGGUAGCUCCGGGUAACUAUCAACACUACAAUACGCCCAACCUUUCCACACCUUACCCUCCCACAACUCCGACGUACAUACAAGGCUUACCAGCACCUCCCCAUGUCCAUCAACCAAACAAUCAAGCAAUGAUGCCCCCAAUGCAAUGGCGUAAUGAGAUGCAAGGCGCGGCGCCAUACAUGGGGCCUCAACCCGGGCAAGCACGAGGGCCACGACCUCAUGCGCAUGGCAAUCAGGGUCCGAAACCCAAACAUAAUCAGAAGCGGGACCACUCAUCCGCAUUUAAUAAACCUCAAUCAACUGCCCCUCGAACUCCCGCGGCGCCUGCUGUCCCAAGCUUCGGUAACCCUCUACCCUCAAAGCCACCACCCGCCGCAGACUCCACAUCCAACAGAAAGGCAAAGAAAAGAAAAAGGAAGCACAACCAACUUGGACUGACCCCUAAUACCGAAGACCACGAGUCAAGCGAAGAAGAGGCUGAUGAAGACGAAGAAUCGAAGCUGGCGCAAGGUGGAUCAGGCUCAACACCACUUCAGGUCUCAUACAAAGGAAAAACGUCUACGUUGCAAACACCGUCCGAUAUCGCCGCUUGGAUUGCAGAGCGGAAGAAGAAGUUCCCCACUCAAGCUCGGGUUGAAGAAAAGAAGAAGUCGAUGGAGGAAGCAAAGGCAGCUCGUGAGGCAACCCGUCAACAAAAGCAAAAAGAGCAGCAAGAAAAGCGCAAAGAGCAUAUCCAAAAGCAAAACGAACACAAGACAGAUGCUGCUGCAGAUGCAACGACAAACGCGCAGCGCAGGGAGACGAUUCGGCGCAACCUUGAACGAGAGGAGAGACGUAUUCAAAAAGCUAUGGCCGAGACCGAGGCUGCUCGUCUUCGAAUGGAAGCUCUACAGAAGGAGGCCUUGAGUCUAAAUGCAGACUCUCAAGACGAAGAUACGGGUAUCACACCCAGGCAUCAAGACCUUGCCCCAGCCCCAGUUAUCAAAGCCGAACCUGCAAACGCAGUACCAGACUCAGAGCCAGCCCUCAAAACCGAACCCGAAAAUGCGGUACCGGAGCCAGCCAUUAAGACCGAACCCGAAACUACGGUGCCAGAGGCAACAGUAAAAACCGAGUGUUAUGACCCAGUUCCAGAGCCGGCGCAAUCAGCCGUCCCCGCUUCCCACGCGACAGAGACGCAGGGAGAGCCUGCGGUCUUACCCGAGUCCUCCAACCCCGAGCACACAAUCAAGACUGAGCACCCCAACGACCAUGGCCUGGAUGGCAUGGAGCUCGCAUCUGAUCAUGGGGCCAGUGAUUGGACCUCCUCAAGUGCAUCUGGCUCAGAUUCCGAGUCCGACUCUGGCAGUGAAGGCUCCGCGCCAGAGCAGGCUACUUCACGUCGCACGGGACCAGAGCGAGUGCCGCCCCCACCCCGCGAAGGCAAAAAGACAGUUUGCCGUUAUUUUGCACGUAAUGGGCACUGUAACCGUGGUGACCAGUGUAAAUUCCUUCAUGAAAACGACUCUGAGCGAACCUCGAAGGCGAAGGCAAAGCCUAUUGAAAAGAAGGAGAAAGAGACGAAACGCAAGGGACUUUAUCAAGCUUUGCUGGACCGACAGAGGCAAGACGAUGACCGCCGGGCAAUGGAAGUGAUCGCCUGGCUAGGUCAGAACAAUAUGUUGGAUUGA